AUGCCGGACCACGACCUCCAAACCGCCCUCCAAUCCCUCUCCCCAACCACCUGGUCCGACAUCCCCACCACCAACCCCGCCGCUCUCCGCGCUUACCUCUCCGACCUCCGCACAAAAGCCCACCUAAUCAUUGACUCAGUCCCACUACCUUCCGCCCCCUCCUCGUCAUCAUCCUCUGACGGCGAUGCAUCCCAAACCGGAUACGCAGACCAACCCGCGGGAUUGAUUCGGCCGUCAAAGGUAGUUCCCACCCAGCCAUUAAUCAACAUACCGAUUGCGAAUGGAGAUACUACACCAACGCCGACUACGAACGGAGGAGCUCCCGGGGUAAAUGAUAUCCUCAAAGAAGUACGGAAGGAAUGGAGCAAACCUAUAAAAAUCACCAACGCUCGGGAUAAUCCCCUCCAAAUACCGAUUUAUAAGCUGCCUGGGGCUGAUGGGAAGGGACAUUGGUUUGGGAGACGCAGUGUGCAUGAGGGGUUGGGGUUUGAUCGGUGGAGGGAGAAAUUGUCGGGUGAGAUGGGGGAGACGUUACGGAGGAAUGAGGAGAGGGUGAGGAGGGGGAAGAUGCCGGAUCAGGCGGUUAGGGGGAUUGGGGCUGAGAGAUUGGUUGAGGGGGUUGAUGUUUAUCAUGUUUCGGCGCAGUUUCCGAAACCGACGGCUGCGAGGGAUUUUGUGAGUUGUAUUGUUACUUGGGAGGAUGGGGAUGGUGAAGAUGGGAGUCAGGCGCAGGAGGGAGGGACUGGGGGUGGGGGUAGAGGGAAAGGGAGGGAGUGGAUGAUGGUGUCGAGACCGUGUGUGCAUGAUGAUGCGCCUCCCGUGCAGGGGUAUAUUCGGGGGAUGUAUGAGAGUGUGGAGUUUAUUCGGGAGAUUCCGGUGGAAGGGGAAGGUAUGAAUCCUGUCGAGUGGGUGAUGGUUACGAGGAGUGAUCCUGGGGGUAAUAUCCCGCGGUGGAUGGUGGAAAAGGGUACCCCCAAGAGUAUCUGUACGGAUGCUAUCAAGUUUUUGAACUGGGCAUGUCGGGAUGGGGAAGGGAGGAAGUCCACGGACAAAUCGGUGGGCAGUCAGUAUGAUGGCGAGGGUGAAGCAUCGAGUGAGGAGGACAGUGAGGACGAUUUCCAAUACGACGAGGUCGAGCAUCAUGGUCUGAUUGCCAGCUUCGCCUACCUGGUCAACGCCGGUCUGGAGCGGUAUGCGCCGCAGACGGUGCUCGACUACCUGCCAACCCACUCCCGCCAACCGUCUGCCCAGAAUGUCCCAGAGACGGACAAGGAGGUUGACGAGGGCAAGGGGGCAGAUGAGCCGGAUGGGGCAGAAGCAGAUGAUGCGGCAUCAGGCAAAGCGUCCAUAUCACCCUCAGCCAACUCGGCCCUUGAUUCCUCGGCGGAGGCAGGUCCCGACAUCUCCGCGCUGGAGCUGAUGACCAAAAACAAAAAAGGCAAGCUGACAUCGCACGAGAAGCAGCUGGCAAAGCUGGCGGAGCGAAAGCGCAACGUUGAAGCGCAGCUAGACCGCGUGCGGACCGACAUCCAGGCCCUACGCGUGACAUCACCGGUCGAGGGAUCCAAACGCGACAAGGCGUCUACAGCGGCGCUGGCAGCGACGAAUGACCAGCCGAGCAGCGAGCCGACUAGCAGCCCAGCCAGCAGCGUGCACAAGGGGCAGUCGGGCAAGUCGGCCGACCAGGACACGGCGCGGAUGCAAAAGGUGGCGUCGGGGCUGUUUCACGAGGAGUCCAAGCUGCUGAAACAGCUGAGCAAGAUCGAGAAAGACCAGGUCAAGGAGGCAUCGAAGAUCGAGGCACGACAGCAGAAGCACGCGGACAAGCAGGAGAAGUGGCGUUCGCGGGCGGAAAGUGACGCUCUGCGCCGGGAGGUCGACGUGCUCAAGAAAGAGGUGGACCGAUUGCGCGCAGAGCGAAAGCAGUGGCUGGAUUUGAUCGGGUCGUUGCAAAGUGAGAAUACGCGGUUGGCGGCGGAGAAGUAA